AUGGAGGAGGCGUUGCGAAAGCGGCGGCGACUCGAGGCGGCGCGGCGACUGUUGGGCGUCAAGCGCGGAAAUCGCGACGAGGACGCGAACGAGGGAAGAGACGCGGGAGAUGAGGGUUUGGAUGGCGUGGACUCGUUGGACGCGUACAUGGCGCGCGAGGUGGAUCCGGAGGUGGAGAGGCGACGUCGCGCGGAGGCGACGGCGGCGGCGGAGGCGAAGCGACGACGCGCGAUGGAGAUCGCCGAGGCGAAGGCGCGAGGCGAACGCGUGCGCGCGCGAGAGGACGUGGUGAUGUUAGAGCGCGCGGAGGCGGAGGCGGAGGCGACGGUGACGCCGGACGAGGUGAUUGAGAUUCCGAGCGGUAAGGUGAAGUUGCUGAUAGGCGCCGGCGGGUGCAACGUGAAGGAGGUGAUGCGUAAGAGUAAGGCGAUGGUGCAGGUGCUGAAGAGCGAGGGGGCGAUGAAUGAAGGGUUUUCGGGGAUGGACAUACACGCCGCGAACGCGGCGGCGCGCGUCGCGACGCAGAGAAUGUUGGACGCGAUUACGGCGAGCGUCGCCGUCGGCGAGGACGUCGGCGAGGAAGACGCCGGCGAAGGCGACGACGUUUUAGCGCCGAAAGAUAAAGCAUCGAACGCGACGAAAACAAAAACCACGACGGAUGCACCAGCCAUGACAAAAAUCAUGAUCAACGGUAGUGAAGAGGCGCGAACGAUGGCGAAGCGGUUGAUCGAGGAAUUGUUCCAACGCGCCGUCGAGGAAAAGCGUGAACGCCGCGGCGAGGAUCGCGAGCGUAAAAAAGAACAGCGCGCGCGGGAGCGGCGAAUGUACCACUUGCGACACGUCGCUGAUUACGAGCGUUUAGAAGUUCCGCUCGGGGCACCGAAGGACGACGUGAAGUCGGCGUAUAGAAAGCUCGCCGUGCGCUGGCACCCCGACAAACAUCCCGAGGGUCCGGCGCGCGUCGCCGCGGCGGAGCGCUUCGCCGUCAUCCAAGCCUCGUACAAUAACCUCAUGACCACGGACGAGGAGCAAGGAAUGAUGGGUUCGAUCGCACACACGUCGACGCAAUCGAAAUCGGCGAAGCCGCCACCGAACGUCGUCGAAGCGCGCAAGGCGCUCGAGACGCGCGCCGAAUUCGAGCGCGCGCUCAAGGCACAAAUGGCCGCCACCGAAGCCGCCGCCGCGCGCCGCGCCAUCAACAUCGCGAGUGUGUGUUUGGUGGCGCUCACGGCGAAGUAUAUAAAAAAUGUCGUGGACCCGGUCACGGCGAAAGAUUUGUUGGAACCAAUUCAUGCGAUGAGGUCUUACAUGGCGGGCGUGUGCGUGGCCGUGGUGGCGUUUCACGUGAUUUCGUUGUUCACACUCUUGUACAAGACGACGAAAAAGGGUGGCGUGACGCCGUGGUACGGUUUCGUUCUCGGCGGAACGUUUUACAUGAUAUUCAUCAUGAUAGGUCAAGGACUCUUUGCGGGCGCGUUUCAUCCGAAUUUCGCGGCGAUUCACGACUACCAAGUGUCGCAAAACAAUCCGGGAAUUUAUGGAAAGACGGAGUCGGAUCGAAGCAAGGCGUUGGAGGGGCUGUCGUACACGAGCGCGGCUUUGUUCAGCGUUUCGUUUCUGAUUUUGUUGUUCUACCGGGACACGAUUUGCGGUGCGACAGUACCACGAGAAGUGGCAUCGGCGCCGCCGCCGGUUGCGUCGUCGACGCGGUCAAAGUCAAAGAAGGGUGCGUUUCGCGCCACGCAGCUGAGCGACAACGCGGCGUCUCCGAGCCAUUCGGUUGUGGAAAUGGGCGAGAGAAGCGAUGGAGGAUCGUCGCUUAGAUUCGGCGCCGAUAGAUUUGCCGCGUCUUAG